AUGUUAGGAUGUGUGAUCAGAGAAGAUACAAGUCUGGUUCUUUGUACCAUUGAAAAGGCUAAUUAACUCAUAAAUAGACUUAUUGAACAAAAUUCUUUAGACUAGAUAAAAACACUGGUGAUUGAUGAGCUUCAUAUGAUUGGUGAUCCUUCUAGAGGAUUCUUACUCGAAUUAAUGCUUUCGAAAAUAUAGUAUAUUAAUGAGCACAUUAGUGUUGAUAAUAAGAUAUAAAUAAUUGCUAUGAGUGCUACUUUCCCUAAUUUAAAAGAUAUUGCUGACUGGCUUAAUGCAAGACUAUACAUUACUAAUUUCAGACCAGUUGAAGUAAAAGAAUAUAUAAAAUUUGGUAAUGAUAUAUUGAGUCCUGAUUGUACUUAAGUGAUCAGAAAGAUUACUUUAAAUAAUUAAACUAGUCAAGUGAGAUUUGAUAGAUUAGGCUUAUUUCAACUUAUAUCAGAAACUAUCAAUGAUAAGGGUUCUGUUUUGGUAUUUUGUCCAUCUAAAGACAGAUGUGAAGAAUAUUGUUAAAUGAUGAUGAAUCAUGUUUAAACUCUGUUAGAAUAGCUGGGCUAGAGAUUGAAUUUUGAUUAAAUAAAAGAGUAUAUACCAGAAUAAUACAGAGAAGAAGUUCAUCCUUUGUUUAUUAAACUUAUGGAAAAAGGAGCUGCGUAUCAUCAUAGUGGGCUUACAAUGGAGGAGAGAGAGUGUGUUGAAUUAUUUUUCAAAUAAGGUAUUGUUAAAGUUAUAUUUUGCACAUCUACAUUGGCAGCUGGUGUUAAUUUACCGGCUAAAAGAGUUAUAAUUACAAGUAUGAAGCAAGGAAUGUCUGAUUUGACAAAUAUCUAGUACAAAUAGAUGAUAGGUAGAGCUGGGAGAUAUGGUUAUGAUACUGAGGCUGAUUCUAUUUUAGUAGUUUAGAAUGCAAAUGAAAAGAAAAAGGCAAUGGAAUUAUUAAACAGAAAACUUGAAAGGAUUGAUUCAUGUCUUGAUUAAGAAGGCAAAGGACUUUCAAGAAUAAUUCUUGAAGCAGUAGGGACUAAGAUUGUGUAAAACUCAACAAUGAUGAAACAAUUUCUGAAAAGUACUCUGCUAUUUAACUAGUAUGCCUCUUAAAAAAUGAUUUUAUGGAAUGAGCUACAUAUACUAUACUAAAUGACACCUGUAUCAGGAAUAACUUUUAGAGUCUAGUGGGAUCUCUAUCACAGAAUAUUUAGAAACUUAACUCCGAAUGAGCUAUAGAUAUGCCAAUAAAUAGGAAUUAAAGAAGACUUCAUUGUAAUGUUCGGCAUGCCAGGGGGUUAAAGAAAUUAAGGGUUUAGUCGAGAUGUUAUAUUUAAUUCUUAAAAUCCAAUAAAAGAAGAUAUUGGGCUAGCAAGCUCUAUAACAGAUUUUAAGGCUUUUGCAGAAGUAAAUAAAGAACUGAUUACCAAGAUGAGGCAUGUUAGAUUUUACACGACCUUACUAUUAAAAGAUCUACUCAGUGAUGAAAAAUAGGAAGAUGUUCAGUAAUUUUAUAAAAUAACUCAAGGAGAACUUCAAGCUUUCUAAUAGAAAUGCAGUGCAUUCAGUUCUAUGGUGGUUACCUUUUGCCAUGAACUUAAAUGGUGGAACAUGUGGAAUAUUCUUAACCAAUACAUGGAUAGAAUUAACUUUGUAAUUCAAGAGGAGUUAGAGGAAUUACUUUAAGUAAAAUAAUUUUUUGAGAAAUGUAUAUAGAUUAAAAAUGUGAUUGAUGUACCAAAAGCAAGAGCUAUUUAUGAAGCUGGAUUUACAAGUACAUAUCAUAUUUCUAAAGCAAGACCUGCUGACAUCAUGAAGGCUCUCCAGAAAACAUUAGUGAUCUAGAGAUAAUAUUCAUCUAAUAUUGAGGAAAUGUUUAAAGUGGGAACUACAGAGCAUUCUAGUGCUACAAUUACCAAAGCUGAGGAAAUUAUUGAAGCUGCAAAGAGUAUUUAAAGGAAGAAAAAUCUUAAAAAAGCAAGAGAAAUACUUAAGAAAAAAUAGGAAUGGCUUAAGCAACAAAAAUAAGCAGAAUAAUUGAAUGCUUCAAAACAAUAAUAAUAAUAUGAAAUGAUUUGA